GGUGUAACUGGGUUGAGGCGGGGAGAAGAAACCACAGCAGCUCUGGAGAGUCUGUCUGGGAGGUGCAACGUUUGAUCCCACAAACUUAAUGAAGUUGGAUUAUUGAAGACAGAAAAGCGAAAAUAUUGUUUACAAAACUGUUUCACUGAAUUAUUUGGAUAUUUUGCCGGCGAUGUUCUGGAGAAACUUUUAUUGGACGAUGUAUUUGCUGCUCUGGGAGGUUCUCCCAUGGUUUAAAUGCAGGAGAAACUGUUCUUCGUUGUUUUGGACCGGAUAUAGUGUGGGUUGGGGCAGAGAUGCGUAAUGCGCAGCGAGAGCUCCAUCUUCUCUCCAAAUAGGCAGCGUUCAAGACCCGAAAAUGUCGAAGACGGAGGUGAAGAAGGAGUCCGGGGAGGGCAGCCCAUCGGAGGCCGCCUGUCUCUGCUCUCCUACUGCGGCCAAGAACCAGUGCGCGAGCUGCGGCCUGGAGAUCCACGACCGCUACCUGCUUAAGGUGAAUAACCUGAACUGGCACCUGGGCUGUUUGGAGUGUUCAGUGUGCAGAGCGUCUCUGCGCCAACACAACAGCUGCUACGUCAAAAACAAAGAAAUCUACUGCAAACUGGAUUAUUUCAGGUUUGGCACCAAGUGUGGUCAGUGCGGCCGGCAGGUGUUCGCCAGCGACUGGGUGCGACGGGCUCGAGGCAGCGUGUACCACCUGGCCUGCUUUGCCUGUUUCUCUUGCAAGAGGCAGCUGUCCACCGGGGAGGAGUUUGGCCUGGUGGAGGGCAGGGUGCUCUGCCGCAGCCACUACGACGUCAUGCUGGAUAAUCUGCGCAGGGCGGCAGAGAACGGGACAGGACUAACUUUGGAGGGAGCGCUACCCUCUGAUCAGGACUGCCAACCAAAACCUGCAAAGAGGGCACGGACUUCUUUCACAGCUGAGCAGCUGCAGGUGAUGCAGUCUCAGUUCGCUCAGGACAACAACCCUGACGCUCAGACGCUCCAGAAGCUGGCAGAGAUGACGGGACUGAGCAGGAGAGUCAUACAGGUUUGGUUUCAGAACUGCCGAGCGCGACACAAAAAGCAGCCUCAUCAGAGCAGCUUCUCCCAGAGCGCUCCGCUGUCCAGGAUGCCUCCAUCGCUGCCAGACGACAUCCACUAUUCACCGUUCAGCAGCCCAGACCGACCACAUCUACUCGCCCUGCAUGGAUACCUGGACGCUCAUCCCUUCUCUGUUCUCGCUGCUCCGGGCCACCUGACCCACCCGUCCAUCCAGUUACCACAACUCCCAAUCAGCCGCUGACCUCCAACGUCGACUCUCUCCUCAUCACUGCUCUGAUGUUGUGAAGUAAAACUCCAUGUGGGACGUACUUUCAGUAAUCUGCUCUGCUUUGGAAGUUGAAUCCCCGGCAAACAGCAGAGGCCUUGACGUUUCUGUUUUAAAUCAAGUUGGAUUCUUUGCCUUGAGACUGCUGAGCUGAACUUUAAAGACAGCAAACCGUGGAGGAAUUCUCGCCUCCAGGACAAGCUGGGAGUUUUUUUUUUUUAUGAUGCAGAGAAGGAGACCACUUAUUUAAUUUUCCUCUUUUGAUGGGACACAAAACAUUGCAUCAGGUCAGAAUUGUUUUCCUUUGUUUACCCGCCCAUGCAUGGUAUUUUAUUGUGCUGCUGCAAUAGGAGCUUUUAAAAAGAAGAAGAAAAGGAGUGUUGUAGGACUUUUAACAGUAAAACCUCAGCAUUUUAUGUAUCGUGAUAAGCAAAUUGCAGCUUUGCUGUUUGUUGUUGUGUUGUUGUCAGAAAAUUGAAUUUCUUAUUUAUUCAGAACAAAGCUUCACUUUGAAAAAAGCACUUUUAAAUGUGUUUAAACGUGGAAUGAACAGUGAUUGUACAUUGUUAAUACUGCAACGUUUAAUAAAAAUGUAUCAGAGCUGUAAUAUAAAAGCUGCUUUUUGAAUAAUUACGAGGUGAGCGGUUGAUUAAUUUAUGCAGAGGGCAAGAAGGGAAGUGUUUACAAGUGUGUGUGUGGCUCAAAAUGUUAAAAAGAACUCAGAUUUACAGAGACAUAUGAAUGCAUCUCCACAGGAAGCACUUUAUAACUUUUUUUGGUUCUAAAAGCAAAAAUCAAAAGGUCGCCUGUUAGAGGUCAAGUACCUACAGGAACCUGUUAUUGGCCACAUUAUCCUGCCACAAACCUCUAAUUUACUUGCUGUACUUAUCAGGAAAUGUGAACAAGCUGCCGUGAAAGGGAUCACGGUUACGGUAUACACUCACAGCAUGGCCAUUGAUUCGGCAGUUUGUGGACUCUUAUGAGGCCCCUUAAAACAGAUUAUCUACAGUCCUUACAUU